AUGGACAAUAAUAACUUGAUCCAGACCUCACCGGGCAUGCUAACCCAGGGAACAGCGACAGACGACGAGGCAGAUAAUACCGUAUCUAGUGCCACCAGCGUCUCUGCCUCAAUGACACAACAUCAGCCUUCGAAAACAGGAAUAAUAGUCUCUAAUGAUGACGUACUCGACAGUUCUCCGACAACUUGCUCUUCAAAUGAGUCUCCGAACCCCAAAAAUCCAUUAAAUCUGCUCGACCUGCCACUUGAUAUUCUCAGGGAGAUCGUCAAGGAGAUCACUCUCACCCAUGACUUGACGUCGCUUGCUCUUACCUGCUCCGCUCUCCAUUCACUGGCCAUUCCCGCUAUGUAUUCGCGAUUCGAUAUCGUCUGGCCGGAACCUGCCCCGGUGUCAGAUCAACCUAUGGGCGUUGAUGCGCUUUCCUACGGCCUGGCAACGUUAGUAAUGGGCGCAAACGUGUUCAAAGAAACACCUCGAGCACGACACAAUAAACAACGGUGCCAGCAUUGCGGGUGCGACGGACCUCGUCAACAAUGUGUUCAUGGCUCAUCAUCUUUACGAACGAAUUAUGGCGGUUUCAGAAUCGGGAACAACUAUGCUCAGUGGACGAAGAAGUUUUGUGUCGGUAAUGGGCCAAAUGACUGGGUGCAAGAAUAUGCAAUUACAAAGGAGACGGGAAAAUUACUAGGGACACUGGUGGCUUUGGCUGUGGCUCGAAUGGCCAAUCUGGAAACUUUUAUCUGGGACAUGCCUACAGGAGUCAUGCGAGACGUCUUCCUUGCUCUUGCUUCAUUGGACGCACGAUCUGGCGAUCGCGAGUGCCAUCUAGAACGAGUCUGGGUUCGAUGGCACGACAACCGUCAGAAGAAUCCCGUGUUCCACACUUGGACUCAUCACAGACCAGUUGUGGAUUUGUAUCAACGUGUCGAAUAUCCUACAUUUUCAGUCUUACCACCUCUCAAGUCCUUGAGCGUACUUAACAUCGAUGAACCGGCAUAUUUGCAAGAAAUGGCUAUUCUCAUAGAACGGUCGCGGAGCAGGUUACGUGAACUGCGCAUUGGAAUGGCUACAACCUGUGCUACUGAUUCGUGGGUGUAUCCGACGGAGUUAGAGCCGACAUCAGAUGAGCCUUCGCGGUCGUCCUUGUUUCCUGGAUGGCCUAAAUCCGGCGGCGUGUUAUCGAUACUAUUAAAUAUUCCUGCCACCGGAAUGGUUCUGCACACAGUAUCUCCUAGUGCAGAGCCGAAUGGGAGCAAAAAUCAUCAUGGUAUUCCAUCUUCUCCGACUUCUAAUAUCCCCAACGAACAGAGUACUGGUGUGACUGUGACUACGCAUAUGCUUGGUGAUUUGACAGUCGACGAGACGCAAGGCACAACAGAUUCUCAAGUUUGGAAUACCACGUCCCUAAAUGCCGACUCGAAUCAAGUCAAGGUUUCGGGAUCACCCGUGGCUACAGCAAGGACAUCAAGUGAAAAACAGGAGAGAUUAAAGCUCGAGAUUUUAGAGUUGGAGAACGUUGUCAUCUAUACGCCGCUGCUAAUGAAGGCUAUUGACUUGACUCGCCUUACUACGCUUACUAUUCUUCAUUGCGAUGAGCACGAAUCUCUCUGGCGAGCGCUACGCCGGAAGUUCUCUCCCUCGACUGAAAGUAGCCGGCAGGGAUCAGAUAACGCAGCCCAAGAAGCUUACCCAUUCAAGCUCAAGCAUCUCCACACAGACCGUGUCUCGCCUUAUCUGAUGCUAUUUUUGAAAGAAGCAAUUGCUCCGAAUACAUUGGAAAGCAUAUAUCUCCAAGAAGGGAGGCUAUACACGACUGUUGUCUCCAUCGAGGCAAUAUAUAAACAUGUGCUGCGUCGGCAGAGAGCCAGCCUGAGGAAAGUCCUGAUUGAUCGUUCACGACGUGGUGAGCCGGUCUCUAUUAACCAUGGGCAUUGGCGUGACUGGAUGUUUCCUCGAGAGGCACUGGCGUUUGUGACAAGUGGUAAAAUGCCUCAACUCCGCGAACUGGGCAUUGGCAUGGAUCGUCGCGAUUGGCAUUUCUUCCUACAGCGGCUUCCUAGAUUAGCCAACCUGCGAGCUCUUUAUUUGCCUAAUAUGUUUGACCCAACUCUUGGGAGAAACAAGCAUCGAGAAUUAGCUCUGCAGAUAUUGGACAUAGUCACCUUACGUCCAGAGAUACAGUUAUGCUACAUUGGAAUCGAGCAUAAAUGUUUCGAGAUUCUUGAGACACCGGUAAAUGAUAAGAUAGAUCGAGAACUAUACCGUGACUCUCCUUGGUAUUCGGAAUCAGAUAGCGAUGAACCUGACGAUCAAACCAAUGGUCACGAUUCUGAAUCUCACAGUGAGGAUGAAGAAGAUGAUGAAGUUGAAGGUGGUGACGAUGAUGUUCAUACGAAUCCACACGCUAUUCUUGAGAUGGAUGAAGACACAGAGGACGACAGCGAGUAUCGACAUAGUAACAACGGCUCACGCUUCGUCUUCAGACUCCGCGAGAUCCUUUUCUACGAUGAUAAGAUAUCCGUCUUCAAAUCCCGACACUGCAGUUUAUAAGCUACACACGGUAUUAUCGAUGCUUUAUUUGAUUUGAUUUCUUACAUUCUUGCUGUUUACUCGAGCGGCACACGAAAAAGCAACAUGACCAUCAAUCAUCGGUCGAUAGCGGCGUCCGGAGUGAUUUGUUAUUUUAUUGCAAGGUAAUAAGACUAGACAAAGGCAGGAUUUCAUUCUAUGGUAAAGAUGAAGGGAAAAACCGGCCAUAAGCUGGUUCAUGGUUAGGGUUUCUGGGUUGGUGACGGCGAAUAUGACUUAUGAGAGAUACCAAUGAUUAUUAUACGUAGUUUGAGGAAUUUACUGCGAAUCAUCAUACCUUUGUU